CAUUGUGGUUACUCAAAAGGCUAAAUCCAAUGUAAACAAUGUUGGGCUUGUUGAUAUGUCUUGUGGCAUUCACAUAUUCUCCUCGUGCCGGGGCAGAAAUAUACACUGUAGAUGAUAGCUAUUGUUUAGGCCGCCUCUUUGAUGGAAUUGGGGCAAUAAGCGGAGGCGGGGCAACAUCAAAGCUGCUUGUAAACUACCCUGAUACUCAGCGCCGUGAGAUUCUCGACUAUCUCUUCAAGCCAAAUUUUGGAGCAUCUCUGCAGAUACUGAAAGUUGAAAUCGGUGGGGAUGGCCAAAGUACAGACGGGACUGAAAGCUCUCACAUGCACUCUCCAGAGGAUGAAAACUAUCGUCGUGGUUACGAGUGGUGGCUCAUGGUGGAGGCCAAGAAAAGGAAUCCUGCCAUCAAGAUCUAUGCCCUGCCGUGGGCAUUUCCAGGCUGGCUGAACAAGGAAGGACAACGUAAUCCAUACACGUACGCCAACGUGACUGCUGGCUAUGUCAUCAAGUGGAUACAGGGAGCACAGACUCACUAUGGGAUCUCUGUAGACUAUGUGGGGAUCUGGAAUGAGAAAGUCUAUGACAGGAAUUAUGUCAUUACCCUACGUCGAGAGCUUGACUGUGCGGGACUGCACCACGUAUUGGUUGUGGCCCCUGAUGCUCCCUUGAUCAACGACUGGAAAAUUUGCCCUGACAUUCUCAAGGACCCGGAACUUGCAAAGGCUGUCAACAUUGUUGGGUGUCACUACCCGGGAACGCUCACAACAACGGCUGCCAUAGAAACGGGCAAGCGUCUGUGGGCCUCUGAGGAUUACAGCACCUUCAAUGACCUGAGUGGAGGAGGGUGCUGGGCAAGGAUACUGAAUCAGAACUAUGUGAACGGCAAUAUCACAGCCACAAUAGCAUGGAACCUGAUUGCUUCAUAUUAUGACACUCUGCCUUACACACGUGAGGGACUGAUGACAGCUGAAACACCUUGGAGUGGACACUAUGUUGUGGAAAGUCCAAUAUGGAUGACUGCCCACACCACCCAGUUCACAGAGACAGGGUGGAGCUACCUUUGUCAUGGGUACGGAAGUGGUCAUCUGGCAGGGGGCGGGAGCUACGUGUCACUGACCAGUCCUGACCGCAACCAACUGACUAUUGUCUUGGAAACCAUGAGUCACGACCACUCUCAGUGUAUCAGACCUCCACUGCCUGAAUACAAUGUCACCAAGCAAGAUGUCAUCAUGCAGCUGAAAGGGAACUUUGCAAAUAUCAGCUCUCUACAAGUCUGGAGGUCAACACUAAGAUUUGGGAAUGCUUCAUCAGAAUUCUUUCAGAAUCGUGGGGAAAUCAAGGUUGUUGAUGGUCAAGUGAAACUGAAGCUGGACGUCGAUGAGGUGGUGACCUUGACCUCGGUAACCACGGGUAACAAGGGGUCACACCCUGACCCCCCUCCUGACACAGAGUUCCCGCUUCCAUACAAGGAGGACUUUGAAAACUAUGUAGAGGAUAUGGAGCCAUACAACUUUGCCCAGCAGACGGGAGUGUUUGAGGUGCACGCAGACGGUAACCAUGGUAACGUGAUGCGCCAGAUGGUGCUGCAGAUCCCCAUCUACUGGUGCAGUGCAGAGAAACUGAACCUUGCUAUCACUAUGAUAGGCAGUGAGACUUGGUCAGACAUAGCGAUCAUCGUUGAUGCCAGGUUACCUAGCAACACCUCUGCAGCAGAGGGGUAUUUCCUGGCCGCAAGGGUCAACCAGGGGGGUUGCUGGGUGUACCAGUCCAGGGGCGUGUUCAUGUUCGUGGAUCCGGUGCGGGAGAUGUUUGCUGUUUACGGCAGCAUUGAUAAGACGGUUUUCCUGGCAGAAGGAAGUACAGGUGCCAUGGCAUCUCACGGAUGGAACACACUGUCACUCAGUCUGAAGUCCACCUGGGCGAACGGUUCAGUGAAUGGUCGUAUGUUGUUCAACGUUACAGUUCCAGAAGAGACGUCUAAUGGUUUUGUUGGUUUGGGAACAACGUCUUGGGGAUAUGCAGACUUUGACAACAUCUACAUCGACAAUCCAGGGUCACACUUGUAGAUGUUUGAUAUGGAUAGGCUUAAGUAGGGUUCUAAAGAGCUGCAUUCUUGGAAAACGGGACUUGAUACAUAAGCGUAAAGUGCCGUCAGAGAAAACCAGUGCAGUCUGCACAGGCUUACCAGGGACA